GUAGAAGAAAAAGAAAAACGCUAAUUUCCUUUUGUUUUCCUGCUUCGGGGCUAGGGUUUUAGUGUUUGACCUUCUAUGGCUGCCACCGCUAAAUCCGUCGAUCGUUCUCUUUGGUGGGAGCCGUUCUCUUCUCUUCUGACAGAACUUGAGAAUGCCUCUCCCUCCGUCGACCUCCCGGAAACCCUGGCGAAGAAGUUGAAAGAAAAUCACGAUUGGCUCGUGGAGACGGUUUCCAGGUUUAAACCGCCGAAUGAGAAGUCGAAGGAGGCUUUGACGAGUUCGCAGCAAAUCAAGAUUGGUCCACAUGAGUUGACCAUUAAGCCUGAUUUCAGAGAUAAGGCUUUGCAAGUCAGCUCGUAUUUGUGUUUGGAUGAGGUGCAGUCGUACAUUCUUGUAGAUAGGUAUCUGGAGCGAGGAAAUGCUGCUGAGAAUUACAUAGUUCAUGAUCCUAUUCAUGUGGUAUUGCUACAAUAUUUUAUUGAGCGUCAGUGCUUGUUCAAGUGCACCAGGCAGAUCCUAAUGCAUGCUUUAUAUUUGGGGAAUAGCUUGAAAGAAGGGAGUCUGAUUAGGGAGGAAGCACUAAAGCUGAUUUCUGAUGGAUUGGAAGGAAAACUAAUAUCUGUUGUGGAAGUCCUCAUGUCUUGCAGUCAUCCAGAGCAGAUGGAUGUUGAUCUUUUUACGUUAUGGGCUGAGGAGACACUUCUCGAAGACAACUUGGUUUUGGACAUUAUUUUUCUCAUUUAUUAUGAGUCACUUUGUACAUGUAAUGCUGAAAGAUGGAAAAAUUUGUGCGAACUUUAUAAGGGAACCUUAUCGGGGUCUUAUAACUUUGGAAAGCUAGCAAUAUCACCUGAAGCACUAUCUUCCUUUUAUCAUGCCAAAGUUAAGCUGUUACUUAUCCUCAUAGAAGCUCUGAACCUGGAAAAUCUUCUUCAGAUGGUUCAUGAUGCAAUUCCUUUCAGGCAGGGGGGCUGUGAUUUUACCAUGAUUGAUGUCCAAGAGAUUGAUACUCUGAUAUCUGGCUUUGAUAUCUUUGAAAUGAGAGAAGGCGGCCCAUUGCUUCUUGCUUGGGCAGUGUUUCUAUGUCUGAUUUCAUCACUCCCUCGAAAAGAGGAAAGUAAUGAAUUGAUGGAGAUAGAUCAUGUUGGGUAUGCUCGCCAAGCUUUUGAAGCUUUGUCUCUGAGUUAUUUCCUUGAAAUCCUUCAAAGUGGUAUCUUGAAGGAAUCAGAUGGUCCUGUUGCAGGUUAUCGAAGUGUCUUGAGAACUUUUAUUUCUGCAUUCAUUGCAUCUUAUGAAAUUAGUCUUCAGGAAGAGGAUAGUACCCUUAAUUUGAUCUUGGCUAUUCUUUGCUAUGUUUAUCGAGGAGAGGAGUCACUUUGUAUUCAAUUUUGGGACAGAGCAAGUUUCAUUGAUGGUCCUAUUCGGUCCAUUCUCUGUAACUUAGAGGGUGAAUUCCCUUUUAGGACCGUGGAACUUCUACGCCUUCUAUCAUCUCUAUGCGAGGGAAGUUGGCCUGCAGAAUGUGUGUAUAAUUUUUUAGAUAAAUCCACUGGCAUAUCAUCUUUGUUUGACAUUACUAGUGAAUCCUUAUUGGAUCAUGCGUCUCAAAUUAUUGAAAAUCAGUAUCCAGUGUGUAUUCCUGGGAUUGAAGGUUUGCAUAUUCCUAGUAGAACCUGUGGGCACAUUCUGAAAGUAGUUGGUGGGGAAACUGCUCUUGUGCGCUGGGAGCAUUCAAAACCGGCCGUGUUUGUGCUGCUCCUUCGUUUGGCCCAGACUCCAUACUUAGAAAACAAUGAAGAAGGAUUUCUUACCCUUGACCUACUUGGCCGAAUGGUUUCCUUCAACACGGCUGUAUGCUUUUCUUUGAUGGAUAGUUGCAACAUCUUUCAUGUCCAAGCAACUGGCUUGAAUGAGCAAAAAGAAAAUAAUGUGUGGGUGGUUGAGAUCAUUAGCAAUAUCGUAAGAAAUUUGUCUCCUAAUCCUAGUGGUGCUGCAUUGAUGUCCAUGGCUUUUGUAAUCUUGGCAAAGAUGCUGAAAUGUUCCCCUUCUAAUGUUGCUGCAGUAGCCUUGAAAGCAAAUAUAUUUGAUGUCGCUUCAAAUUCAAGUAUCUUCAAUUUAGGUUGGAAUGGUCUAUCAAGUGGAUCAUGGUUGCUAUCAGGAAAGUUGGCAAAGAUGCUUUUAAUUGAUAGUGAGCAGAAUGAUUAUGACUGCCCAUUAACAAUAACAGUGCUGGAUUUCACUAUGGAGCUUGUAAGGACUGGUGUAGAAGAUGAUAUAGUUGUGUCAUUAAUUGUUUUCUCCCUCCAGUAUAUUCUAGUUAAUCAUGAAUACUGGAAAUAUAAAGUGAAGAAUACUCGUUGGAAAGUAACAUUGAAGGUGCUGGAAGUGAUGAAAACGUGCAUUUUAGCGAUAUCUUCCUCUGAAAAGUUGUGUGACGUAAUACGGGAUUUGAUACUCUAUGAUUCUUCAAUCCACUACACUCUAUUUCGUAUAAUGUGUACAACUUCUGAAGCUUUGGAGAGACUUUAUCUCAAUCGCCUCAUAGAAUUGGUGGAGAUUGAGGGAUUACAGCUUGCUAUAAGUUCUGCUUUGGAUAUCUCAUAUGUCAUGCUUACCAAAUUUUCGCAGGAUAUGUCAUCAAGCAUCCCAGCUUUUCACCAAGCUAUUCUCUCUUCAACAACCAAACCGAUUUCUGUCAUUGCUGCUGUCAUAUCAUUGAUAUCUUUUUCUCGUGAUCCGGCAAUACAGGUUGCUGCUGCUAAACUACUGGCAAUAUUGUUGCAGAUGGCGGAACCACAUCCUUUUAUAAAUUCAUGCUUUUGUCCAGAUGAUAAGCGGAUGACAGAUUUAAGGCAUUCUAUUAAUAGCAUUCUACUUGAACACUGGAUACCGAAUGAGGAUCUUUUUAUUGCUAUACUGAAUUUGCUUGCUUCUGCAGCUCGUUUCCAGCCUGCUUUCCUUCUUGCUAUGUUUGAUGCAAAAGCGGAAACAAAUGAACCUCUGUCUGGUUCACCGGGCUCUGGAAUAAAUAGCCUUGUAGAUGCCAUUCUCCAAUUUGUUGAAAGGUCUAAUGAUGUUAUCAAUAGCAAUCCCUGCAUACUUCUGAAUGUACUUAACGUCUUAAAGGCAUUGUGGCUUGGGGCUGGUCAGUAUACAACUAUUUUGGAGAGGCUGAAGAGCUCUGACAAGUUCUGGAAAGAAUUGUCUAACUCUAUCUCUCAAAAUUCUUGCUUGGAAGUUCCUUUGCUCAAAAGCAUGAAAGAAUCAGAAGUUUCACUCCUUGGACACAAAUAUCGAUGUCAAUCUGCUAUAUUGGAAAUGAUGGCAUAUGAUAUGUUCAUGAUGAAAAAGUUGAUAUAUGCUGAAUCACUUGUCAAGGAACCUCCUGAAUCAAAUAAGAAAACUGAAGCUGAUAAUAAUGUUGUGAAGAAUGUCUUGUCAAAUUGGUGCAAGAACUCUACUCUGGGAAGCUUGAUCAAGUCAUAUACAUCUUGUAAAUAUGAAAAUGAAAUUUAUCUUCGUGCAAAGGUUGCAUUAAGUUUGCUCACCGUGUACGUAAUGGGAAAACUAGUAGCUGGUGAUGGUGGAAGUUUGUCUUUAUCCUUAGUUGAGAAGAUUCGUCUUGUGUAUAAAAAGUUGACUGUUCAGCCUGCUUUUUCUGAAUUGUUGGCCCAGUACUCACAGCGUGGUUACAGUGAAGGGAAGGAGCUGAAAGCUUUAAUAUUGAGUGAUCUCUAUUAUCAUAUGCAAGGAGAGCUUGAAGGCCGUAAAAUGAGUGCCGGACCUUUUAAAGAACUCUCCCAAUUUCUGAUAGAGUCAAAGGUGGUCAAGAUUUAUGAGAAUAAGUGCAGUGUUGAUCCUUUUUCAAAUGCUGAUGGUGUCCAUCUGUUUGAUCUUGGACGCAUAAAAGCAGAUUUGGGGUUAGAUAUGUGGGAUUAUUCUGAAUGGAAAACAUCUAAAGCAAUUGCAGAAACAAUGUUGUGCUGCUUGCAGGAAGCAAACUCAAUGGUGUUGAUUGAGAAGUCCAAGCUUUCUUCACUGAAAGCUUUAAUAGCUGUCUUAACUGUGUAUGAGGACUGUUCGCUGGAAAAAACGACUGAGGUUGGAGGGAAGAUUCCUGAUCAACUGAUUUUUUCAUGCAUGGAUCAUAUAUGUCGAAGUUUCCGUGACACUUUAGAACCUUUGUCUCCAGUCCCUGAUGUUUCUGAAGAUGUCCUUGAUUUUCUCACUGCACAAGCAGACUUACUUCUUCAUCUCACGAGAUCUGUGCGGAAGAGCCUGUCCAUGUCUGUUUGUGUUCUUCUCUUGAAGACUUCUGGUGCUGGUCUUAAAGUGCUAAGUGACCUUAGAAUGAUAUUCAGUAGGGUGAGUAAAACCAUGAGGCUUUUGAUAAUGUUGAUUUUGUCAGCAACAGAGUUUUGCUGGGACAAUUCUCAUAUAUCUGGUGUGAAAGACAAAGAGUCUGUUGAAGGUUUCGCCGAGAUUUCUAAUGUCAGCCUUGGACUGUUACCCAUCUUGUUUAACUGUGUUACUGUUGCCGAGUGUCAUUCCCUCUGCUUGACUGGUUUGGACUUUAUACUAAAAUGUUUCUUGACACCUGAUACUUGGUUUCCCAUCAUCCAUAAACAUUUCCGAUUAGAACAUGUUGUUCAGAAACUUCAAGAUACCAAUUCUUUUGGAUCUGUUCCAAUUCUUUUGAAGUUCUUCUUGACCAUUGCACGUGUAAGAGGAGGUGCUGAAAUGCUUCUUAAUGCUGGUUUUCUCACGUCUCUCAAACUUUUAUUUGCUGGCAUGUCAGAUGGGCAUGGGCAUGGGCGGGUUUCAUCAGUUAUUAGUUCUGGUAAAAGGCUCUCCACUUUAUCUGACAAAACUGAGAAGCCUCAAUUCAUUUGGGGACUUGGCUUAGCUGUCAUCACAGCUAUGGUUCAUUCUUUAGGAGACAGUUCUUCAAGUGCUGAUAUUGUGGAGAAUGUGAUAGCAUACUUAUUUUCUGAGAAAGCCCAUCUAAUUUCUUAUUUUCUCAGUGCACCAGAUUUUCCAUCUGAUGAUCAUGACAAGAAAAGACCACGUGCACAAAGGACUUGGACUUCUCUUUCUUCUCUAAUGGAGACCGAGCAAACUCUCAAUUUAAUGUGCAUCUUGGCACGACAUUGGAAUUCUUGGGUUAAGGUUAUGAAGGAUACAGAUUCACAAUUAAGAGAGAUGUGUAUUCAUCUUCUGGCUUUUAUUAGCCGCGGAAAUCAGCGCAUUGGAGAGGCUUGGAGCCGCACUGCACCUCUGUUGUGCCCUCCUGUUCUCAUGGAAGAGCUUGAUUGCUGCAAUAAACCUUCAUUUGUAAACAGCAGGAAUGGAUGGUUUGCUCUUUCACCCCUUGGCUGCCUCCCAAAACUGAAAAAUUCUGGAACAUCAACAACUGCUCUUGUUAUCAGAGAUCAAGCAACUGAAAGUAACAACCAUGUUAAACAAACUUACUUCUCAGACACAGUUGCCAUUCAGAUAUAUAAAAUUACAUUUCUUUUGUUGAAAUUCCUCUGUUUACAAGCUGAGGGUGCUGCUAAAAGGGCAGAGGAGUUGGGAUAUGUUGAUCUUGCUCAUUUUCCGGAACUUCCAAUGCCUGAGAUUUUACAUGGGAUACAGGACCAAGCAAUUGCUAUUGUCACGGAAUUAUGUGAUAGUAACAGAUUGAAGCAGAUUCAUUCCGAGAUCCAGCAAGUGUGUCUCCUACUGCUUCAAACAAUGGAGAUGGCCUUGUACUUGGAACUUUGUGUCUUGCAGAUUUGUGGAAUAAAACCUAUGCUAGGACGUGUGGAGGACGUUUCAAAGGAAGUCAAACUAUUGAUGAAAGCUACGGAGGGUCAGGCUUUCCUCAAAGGAUCAAUGAAGUCCCUGAGUCAGAUAAUAUCACUCGUCUAUCCUGGUUUGCUAUAACCAAGAAGUGUACAGGUGACUUUCCCAAGGACGCAAUGGUGUAAACGGAUGUUACGAAGCAA